AUGAGGUUCUGGUUGGUGCUACAACAAUUGGCACUCCUCGUACUAAUCAUUACUACUGAUGCACUUAAUAAUAACGAAACUGAUCAUGUUUCACUAUUGGCUAUGAAGUCCAAGAUCCUCGACCCUUUUGGUGGGGGAGCUUUGAGUUCAUGGAAUGAGUCUUCCCAUUUCUGCAAUUGGGAAGGUGUGCUCUGCGGUAAAAGGCACAAGAGGGUCACUCUCAUUGAUCUAACCUCUUUGGGUUUGUCGGGCACCUUGUCUCCUCAUGUAGGAAAUCUCACCUUUCUUAGACGACUAUGGCUAGACAACAAUAGCUUCCAUGGGGAAAUCCCAAAUGAAAUAGGUGGCUUGUACAGGCUGAAAGAAUUGGUGCUCCAAAGGAACAGUUUCCAGGGAAGGAUUCCGGUCAGCCUGUCGCGCUGCUCUAGCCUCGCGUAUCUAUAUUUUGGAAGCAAUAAUCUGGUGGGAACCAUCCCCGAAGAAUUUAGCUCCUUGUCGAUGCUCAAGAAGAUCAACGUAUAUGAAAACAAUUUAACUGGAGGAGUUCCAAAAUUUCUGGGCAAUAUCACUUCUCUUCAAGGAUUCUCUGCUUCAUAUAAUCUCUUUGGUGGAACUAUUCCAAAUAACUUGGGGCAGUUAAAGAACCUCGUAUUUCUUGGAUUGGCUGGUAAUCAGAUAUCUGGUAUGAUCCCUUCAUCAUUGUAUAACCUCUCCAACUUGAUUGUUUUAUCUUUACCAUUUAAUCAUCUUCACGGGAGUCUUCCACCCUACAUUGGGAACAUGUUCCCGCAUUUGGAACGGCUUGAACUCCAUGUUAACAACUUUACCGGACAACUUCCAAAUUCAAUAGGGAAUCUUACCAAAGUCGUGAAUCUAUCUUUUGCCGUAAACAAAUUCAGUGGCAAACUGACGGUUGAUUUCAGCAAACUAGUGAAUCUCCUGAUUCUUCAUUUACAUGUUGACAAUUUAGGGAGCGGGGAUUUUGAUGAAAUGAAUUUCCUCGAGUCGCUAACAAAUUGCAGCAGUUUGGAAAUGUUGAUCAUAAAUCGCAACCAGUUGAGAGGAGUGCUUCCUGAUUUGGUAGGGAAUCUAUCAUCAAAUAUGAAUUUCUUUACCCUUGAUUCAAACCAACUGCAAGGCAGGAUUCCUCCAACCAUCGGAAACCUUGUUAACUUGUCUUUUUUAAACAUGGAAGAUAACAGAUUCACUGGGCCGAUUCCAUGUACCAUAGGUAAACUUCAAAAGUUGCAGAGAUUUUCCCUCGGACGAAAUCAGCUUUCGGGUACUAUUCCGGAUUCAAUUGGAAAUCUUUCGUUGGUGAAUGAUCUCUCUUUCAGUAACAAUAACCUAGAAGGGACGAUACCUUCCAGUAUUGCAACUGCCAAAGAUUAA